AUGGAAGUAAUAAACAAGACUUUACUGAUGAAAUUAGUAUGGAAGAUACAAAAUUCUGAAGUUGAAUGGGCAAGAUUUAUGAGAGCAAAGUAUAUAAAGGCAGAUGGUGAAUGGAUUUCAGGAUAUAAAAAGUCUUCAGUAUGGCCAGGUUUGAAAUGGGUAAUAGAUGAAGUAAAGUUACAUACUAGAUGGAUCACUGGUUCAGGUGAGAAAAUAUCAGUAUGGAGUGAUGCUUGGAUAAAAGAUAAACCACUUAAUGAGAUAUAUGAAGAGGAUGAAUAUAUGAUGCAGAACAAAAACAUGAAAGUUGCAGAGUUGAUUGUUUCUGGUGAAUUCACAGUACACUCAGCUGUUGAAUGUAUUAGAGAGCAUUAUCAGAAAGUGACAUGGGCAAGACAGGUUUGGCAUCCUACUCUUCAUCCAACAACAACAAGCAAUGUAUGGAAGAUAGUGAGGGGUAUCUGCUCAACUGAUGAAAAAAGAAAAAGCAAGGGUUACCGUUUAGCAUCAAAGUGCUAUAUGUGUGGUGUUGAUACUGAUAAUCUUGAACAUAUAUUAUGGUUUUGUAAUUUCAGUCAGAUAAUAUGGAAAUGGCUAGGUGGUAUCUUCUUGUUCUGCAACCCUGAAUCAUAUGAAGAUGUUAUGAAAUUUGCAAAGAAUAAAAGUGGAGAUGUGAAGGAUAUAUGGUUACUGGUUGCUUCCAUUACAAUGAUGGAGCUAUGGUUCUUAAGGAAUAGAAUUUGCUUUGAAGAAGAGAAAGUAAACUUGGGUAAUUUCAAGAGAAGAAUAAAACAAUAUACAAAGGACUGUGCAGUGAGAAUAAAAAGCUAUAUGUGGGAGUGUAGAUAUGAUUACAUGGUCUUUAAGAAUUUUGAUCUUAAACAUCAACCAAUAAAGCCUCAAAGAAUUAUUGAAGUGAGUUUCUUCUUACCUGCAAGAAAUCAGAUACUCAUAUGUUGUGAUGGGUCAUCUAGGGGCAAUCCAGGUGCAACAGGAUAUGGUUUUGUGUGCAGAGAUGAAAUGGGAGGUUGUAUAUAUGCUGAAGCUACUGGCCUGGGAAUUGCAACUAAUUACAUUGCAGAAUUAAUGGCUAUUACAGGCGCAGCUGAAUGGGCUAUACAAAACAACAAGCUUGAUAUAUGUAUUAACUAUGAUUCUAAAGCAGCAGUGAGUGCAUACAUGUCAGAAAGACUUCCUUGGUUCAUGCAGGUAAGAUGGAAGAGAUUAAAGGAACUAUUGAAUAAUAUCAAACUUGUACAUAGCUUGAGAGAAGUAAAUUUCUCUGCUGACUCCAUGGCAAAGAAGGGUGCAGUUGGGCUUUAG